AUGACGAUGACUCAACUCGUCUAUCCUCUAGUUGCUGAUCGGCCCGAGGAUCCCCAGCCUCUUUACUCUCUUCCCUAUGACGGGUCUUAUCAAGUCCCCGUUACCCCGGUAGGACACCCGAUGACGUCCAUCUCCCAGGUCCCUACUAUGCUACCUGCUAUGGAGCAUGGUAGUCUUUAUGAUUUCAGUUAUAUGCAGGAGGCAGUGAUAUGGCCCGUCAAGACCGAACAGCCAGACGUUCCCGGGCAAGCACCUUUGAGAAACACCCGUGUUCGCAAUGGCCAGCCAACCCCGCCUCCAUAUAACGACAGCAACACGCAGCAGACGUCGACACUAGACUUCUAUACCAUGAGUCACUAUCCUGUGGAUGGGUUCCACCCUGUGAAUGCACCACCUCCUCCACCCCCGCCCUCCCUUCCGUUGGCAGCUUGCUCCUAUAACGGCAACGUCGAGCAGCCUCCCUUGCCUGAACACGACCAGUCAAGAAGUAGUCCUCCCGCUAGACGACGGCGAAGUAGCACGUCUGUCACCACGAUAAAUGGAGAGGCAGAAAAGCAAAAGGCCUCGCGCUCCAAGUUCUUAGAGCGUAACCGUCUGGCUGCCAGCAAAUGUCGUCAAAAGAAGAAAGACCAGUCCAAUCAACUGCAAACCCAGUAUUUCGCGCUGCAGGACCAACGGCGGCAGUUGCUCACCGCGAAGUCGGCUCUGACCACCGAGUAUCUCAUGCUCAAGAACGAUCUAUUUGAGCACGCCCAUUGCAAAGAUGAGGCUAUCGACAAUUAUCUGGAUGGAAUGAUCGCGGACGUUCAAAAAAAGGUGGGAGGCGCUCCCCAACCAUCUCCCGACGCUAUUGCAUCGGAAUGCGUCGCCAUGUCCAUCCCCUCGCCGGACACGUCUGCUUUUGGCUUCGACGGUCCCGUGCAAUUUUCUCCUUCGAGCUCAGGGACUUUGGAAAGAGAGGUUCUGGAAGAAACGGCCCGACGCGCUUCGAUCCAUUCCAUGGUCACCGACUUCUCGUAUUCUCUCAUUGAUGGCGAGCCCGGCGACACUAUGGAACCAGAAAUCGACUUUGAUAGCCUUUUGGACGUGAACAGAUGCGCCUAG